UUCAUAUCUAUCUCGAUCCCUUUUUCUGAUUCCAGCGCCACUUGUUCAUUUAUAAUUACUAGCUUUCUUUGCUUUCAUUUCUUCCAUGGCGAUCAAUCAAGUUCCCGACCAAGCUUCUGUUAAGAAAGCCAAGAAUAUUCCUUUCGACGUCGAGGCCGUACAUAUUCAGGAACCAGAAGAAGAACAUGAGGGAAUCAUGGUAUUUGAUUAUGCAAAAAGAUCACAGUGGCUAAGAGCUGCCGUCUUGGGAGCCAAUGAUGGGUUGCUCUCCACGGCAUCCCUAAUGAUGGGAGUUGGAGCCGUCAAGAAGGAUGUCAAGACUAUGAUCCUCACGGGUAUUGCCGGCUUGGUUGCCGGAGCUUGUAGCAUGGCCAUCGGAGAGCUCGUUUCCGUCUACUCACAAUACGACAUCGAAAUGGCUCAAAUGAAGAGAGAGGGUCGGACUCGAAACAUGGGAGCUGCGGAGCUAGACGCCGAGAAGGGGAAAUUGCCAAACCCGUGGCAGGCAGCUGGGGCGUCUGCAGUUUCUUUUGCGGUGGGGGCGUUGGUGCCGCUACUGGGGGCGGCCUUUGUGAGGGAUUAUGCGUUGAGGAUUGGGGUGGUAGUAGUGGUCGUGAGCUUUGCCCUGCUAGGGUUUGGAGGGUUGAGUGCACUGCUAGGGAAGGCUCCUGUGGUGAAGUCGUCUUUGAGGGUUUUGAUUGGGGGAUGGAUGGCCAUGGGAGUUACUUUUGGCUUAACCAAGCUUGUUGGUUCUGCUGGACUGUAGUAAUCAAUCAUAUAACUAGCCAGAGCGCGCAUUUUGCUGUGUU